GCCACUUUCAGCCCCACCACUCACCACCUAAACCAGCUCAGCAGCAGGAGCUAUCACUCGGUAACGACUUCUCGUGAGGACCAGGCCACCUUUCGACUUUUUUUUCCUCUUUUCCCUUAAAAUUCACUUAUUAACCCAAAAGCUUCGUUGCAAUUCAAGACAGGAAUCUCUACCCAAUCUUCGUCUUUGAUACGUCGACAAUUACCGCCAUCUGCAUAUAUCGACAACUACGUCAAUUCUCUCUUGACAACGCACACACAUUUGGGCAUUGCUGCACCAAGUAUCAACACACACACACACACACACACACACAAUAAUUUCCUUCCCGACGCUUCCACGAGUAGCUCACCCAAGAUGACGCUCUAUUACUCGCUUGUCUUCGUGCUCCUCGUAGCGGAGAUGUCCCUCUUCAUGCUACUCGUCGUCCCGAUGCCAUUCACCUUCCGGCGGAAGAUGUUUACCUUCCUUUCCGAAAAUCCCGUCGUUGCUAAAUUACAGUAUUGGCUGAAAAUUACCUUCGUCUUUAUCCUUAUCCUCUUCCUAGACAGCGUUAACCGCGUCUACCGCGUGCAACUCGAGCUUGCCGCUGCCACUGACACAGCAAAGGGCGCUGCAGCGGUGAUGGGCCACGAGCGUCUCGAAGUCCAAGCCCGCAAGUUCUACAGCCAGCGGAACAUGUACCUGUGCGGGUUCACCCUGUUCUUAUCGCUGAUCCUGAACCGGACAUACACGAUGAUUCUAGAGGUUCUCCGGCUCGAGGAGAAGGUCAAGCAGUACGAGGGCACGGACCGCAAGACUAAGGAAAGCGAGAAGCUAGCCGAGGCAGGCAAGCCUGGCGAAAUUGCCCGCCUCCGCACCGAAAUCGAGAAGCGCGACCGCGAUAUCGAGACCCUCAAGAAGCAGGCCGACGGCUUGUCCAGGGAGUACCACGACCUCUGCGAGAAGUAUGGCGAGACCCUACCCCCUGCUGGCACCCGCAAGGACAAAUAGGCUUUCGGUGUGUUGCUAUGAUGCCGCGGGUCUAGUGCUACAGCUGAACAACGGCCGCAAAACACUAUCUGAGGUGAAUUGAGAGGUGUGUGGAUGUGUGGAUAUGUGGGUGUGGGGUAGAUGGCAUACGAGUUCCGAAUUUCUUUACCAACGUCCGAAGCGAACAUCUCUGUUCCGCUUCCGAGGCUCAUUGGCGUAUUAGGAGAAAUCACGGACCAAGGGAAAUAUUUGCAUCCUCGGUUGGACCCGGACCGGACCGGGCUGGCCAGAUUGUUUUACUAUAUGAGAAACAUGGUUUGACUGCGCGUGGAUGGCCUGGUUAUUCUACUCGGUAGCUGUAUGUUAUAUUAGAGGACGCUGCUCCGAUGAAUAGGAAAAUCUGGGUUUCUACCGCCUCGGUUUCUAAAAUCAUUUUAUGCGUGAUAAGAGGAGUGUCAUGUGAUUUGGUAUGGCGUAGGGGUGUGCUUACUAUUGUUCUCUGUAUUGCUCUGUAUAAUACGUUAAUAACCGUAU